AUGGUGGGUUCAUCAUCUCAUUCUCAUCAUCAAGAAGAAUACAAUUCACAACUCGAUCCACCGCCACGUACGGCGGAGCACCACCACCACCACCAUACCCACAUGCAUCAACUCCUUUUAUACUGUGCUCAACUCAUCUCCUCUUCCGACUUCUCCGCUGCCCACCGCCUCAUUUCUUUCCUCUCCGCCAUCUCUUCUCCCGCCGGCGACUCCUCCGACCGACUAGUUCAUUCUUUCACCAAAGCUCUCUCUCUCCGUCUCCACCACCUCCGCCGCCAUCAUCCACCACAAACCACCAUCAACACAAUCACAACUCCGACCCCCACCACCCGUUGUUGUAAGGAUGAUGACACAAUUCUUCAAAAAUCGUAUCUUUCACUCAAUCAAAUAACUCCAUUUAUAAGAUUCAGUCAACUCACUGCUAACCAAGCGAUCUUGGACGCGAUUGAUCAAUCGCAUCAUCACCAAUUCAUUCACAUAAUCGAUUUCGACACCAUGCAUGGCGUUCAAUGGCCGCCGUUAAUGCAAGCCAUCGCCGAACGCCACCCUCCUCCGUCUCUCCGCCUCACCGCCACCGGCACCAACCCUGAUAUCCUACGAAAAACCGGCGACCGUCUCUCCAAAUUCGCCAAUUCUCUCGGCCUCAAAUUCCGAUUCCACCCGAUUCUUCUUCCAAACGAAGACAACACCCACGACCUCAUUGACCACCUCUCCACCGUCGUCCUCCACCCUAACGAAACCCUCGCCGUGAAUUGCGUUCUCUACCUCCACCGCCUCUUAAAAAACCGCGAUAACCUCUGUUCGUUACUCAAAAAGAUCAAGACGAUGAACCCUAGAGUGGUUACUAUGGCGGAGAUAGAAUCGAACCAUAACUACCCGUCAUUCAUGUCGAGAUUCGGCGAGGCGCUGAAGUAUUACGCGGCGGUUUUCGAUUCGUUGGAGGCGACGCUGCCGCCGAACAGCCAGGAGAGAAUGGAGGUGGAGGAAGUGUGGUUUGGGAGAGAGAUUGCAGAUGUAGUGGCGGCGGAGGGAGAGAGACAUGAGAGAUUCCGAUCGUGGGAGAUGAUGAUGAUAAGAAAUGGUGGAUUUGAAAAGGUUUCGUGGAGUUCGUUUGCGAUAUCACAGGCGAAGAUGCUGCUGAGACUUCAUUAUCCAUCAGAAGGUUAUAAGCUUGUGGUGGUUGAUGAUUGUUUCUGCUUGGGUUGGCGGAAUCAACCUCUUUUCUCUGUGUCUUCUUGGCAUUAA